AUGGGAAUGUCUAGAGUUGUUCAUAUUAGCAUUGUCAUUCAUUUUUACUUAAUCUCCAUCGCGAUUUGCCAACCAAAUUUCAUAACUCAUUUGUGUAUAGACACUUAUGGUAACUAUACCAAUUCCAGCACAUACAAUGCCAAUCUCAAUACCUUCUUCAAUUCAAUAUCAUCUAAUUCUCAAAUCAACUCGCGUUACUAUAAUAUCUCAGUUGGCAAGGAACCUGACCGAGUUUAUGGGGAAGCACUAUGUGGAAGUGAUAUGGCUUUCCAAGAUUGUCAUAGAUGUCUCAAUAACUCAAUAAGAUUGCUUCCACGGCUCUGUCAGCCACAGAAGGAAGCUUAUGGAUGGUACGACGACUGUAUGCUAAUUUAUGCUAAUCGAACAGAUGCAUUAUGGACUCUCAGUACAAGACAACCUUCCUACUAUCUAAGCAAUGGAAAUUCUGUGAGUGAUAAUAAUGUUGAAGAGUUUAAUCGAGUGCUAGGAUCGUUAUUGAAUAGGAUUCAAAAUGAAGCUGCAUCGGGUGGUUCUCAGCUUAAGUAUGCAACCGGAAAUGCUACUUAUGGAAGCUUAAAGAAUGUUUAUGCAUUUGCUCAAUGUGAUCCGGAUUUAUCAUAUCAAAGUUGCUUUAAUUGUCUUGGAGAUUGUAUUAAUAAUGUGUUUCCUAGUUGUUGCAAUAACAGCAUAGGAGCACGGGUUAUUGGACCUAAGUGCAAGAUAAGAUACGAGCAGGAUCUGUUUUACAACAUUACUAGUCCACCACUUACCCCGCCGUCGACUGCACCAUCUCCUCCUCCUCCAUCAGGAAAUGGAAGCAAUAAGGGAACAAUUGCCGUACUUAUCAUAGUUCCAAUAGUCGUAUUAAUUGCUCUUGCAGUAGGCUUCACUUACUUGUGUCAAAGAAGAAAGAGAAGGAAAAAUAUUGAAAGUUUGAAUGGUGAAAAUUAUGAAGAAAGCAGAGGUUACAUGUCUCUACAAUAUGGUUUUGACACUAUUAGGGUGGCAACAGACAAUUUCUCUGAUGCCAAUAAACUUGGCCGAGGUGGAUUUGGUAUCGUUUACAAGGGAAAAUUAACAAAUGGACAAGAAAUCGCAGUGAAGAGACUCUCAAGGGAUUAUGGACAAGGUGACGGCGAGUUUAAGACUGAAGUUAUGCUAGUGGCUAAGCUUCAACACAGGAAUCUUGUUAGGCUCCUUGGCUUCUGCUUAGAAAAAGAAGAAAGACUACUCAUUUAUGAGUUUGUUCCCAACACUAGCCUUGAUCACUUCUUGUUUGAUGUAAGCAUGCAAUCUGUUUUAGAUUGGCCCACUCGCUACAAGAUUAUAAUUGGCAUUGCUCGAGGAAUCCUAUAUCUUCAUGAAGAUUCCAGACUUCGAAUUAUCCAUCGUGAUCUUAAAGCCAGCAACAUACUUCUAGAUGCAGAUAUGACUCCUAAGAUUGCAGAUUUUGGGAUGGCAAGGUUAUUUGGAGUUGACCAAACCCGGGGGGAUACCAACAGAAUCGUCGGUACCUAUGGGUAUAUGGCACCAGAAUAUGUAUUCCAUGGAUUCUUCUCUGUAAAAUCAGAUGUCUACAGCUUUGGCGUACUAGUCUUGGAAGUUAUCACAGGUCGAAAGAAUUCUGGUUUUCAAAAUGAGGAAUACACAGAAGACCUAUUUAGCUUUGUAUGGAGAAAUUGGAGAGAAGGAACAGCAAUAUCGGUCAUUGAUCCAAUACUAUCAACGGCGUCUAAAACUGAUAUAAUAAGCUGCAUACACAUGGGGUUGUUAUGUGUUCAAGAAAGUGUAGAUGACCGUCCAACUAUGUCUUCUGUCGUGUUGAUGCUUAGUAGCAGCUCGCUCUCUUUGCCGGUUCCUUCUCAUCCUUCAUUCAUCAGUGUCAAUGCGAGACAAUCAGAGAGUAUUUCAACUAAUGAGGUUUCAAUCACUGAUAUCCAUCCACGUUAAACCGAUUGUUCGUGAAGGUCGCAAUUGUUUGAUAUCUCUUGUGUUGCAUAAAAGUGUUUACGUGAUUGCUCUAAUAAUUUCAAGUGCUAACCUAGUCCUGGUCAAAAAAAUUUAAUUGAAGAUGAGAGAUGGUAACAAUAAUAGAAUUAACUCAUCUACCUUAUAAAGUGAAAUAUCUCUCAAUGUUUCUCCAAUGUGGGACACUCACAAGUGGGCUACAAUAGGUUUCAACAAUUGUAAUUAAUUAAAGACAGUUAAAAGAUGUUAGAAUAACAAGAGCAGAAAGAUAAGUAUUUCAUCUUUAAAAAAAAUGUUUCUUUCUAAUAAAUCAUAGAUAAUUGAUCUAAUAAUAUAUUUGU